CGGAGUCAGCUGAUGGAGGCCAUCAAUAUUUACGUCAUACUGCGUUGACAGUACUUAUUUUUUAAGUCACCGUUCCUUCCUCCUUUAUUUACUCAAGAGAAAACUGCGUGGCCGACGGAUAGAUAGAUACGCUGGUCUUUUCUAGCCGCUCACCGACCACCUUCUCACCUAAAACACGCGUGCUCUCCGGUAGUAACGUUGGAGUUUACAAAUAUUUUGUCCAACAUUACGAAGGGGACGAGGUGAGUUGGUCCCUUUUGCUUCGCAAAUGUGUAACACGCAAGGGCCGAGUUCACAUUGAAGCGAGUUGUAAACGGCACGACCCGGCCAAGGACGCACGCACCGUCUUACCCCCUCUAGCUUGAUUGAGGACCCUAAUAAUCAGUAAAAUGCGCACUGCUGGCUCCCUGGACGAUGGGGUGGACACCCUGGGCGGCGGGGGAGGAUCGCCCAGAGCCAGGAGGACCUCCCCCGCGACCGCACAGCAAAGGUUGCUCUCCCACCAGGGAGUGCUAGAAAUGGCUGCCAGUGAGAGCGGAGUCGGCUUCAGCGGACACACGCUGGACAAGGCGACCAAGGCCAAAGUCACCCUCGAAAACUACUACAGCAACCUGAUUGCUCAACACAUCGAACGAAAAAAGAGGUUGGCGAAGCUGGAGGAGUCCCUGAAAGACGAGGCGCUGUCCGAGCAGCAGAAGCAGGAAAAGCGGCAGCAGCACGCGCAGAAAGAGACCGAAUUCCUGCGUCUGAAGCGCUCGCGGCUGGGCGUGGAGGACUUUGAGCCGCUGAAGGUGAUCGGCCGAGGCGCGUUCGGCGAGGUGCGGCUCGUGCAGAAGAAGGACACCGGCCACGUUUACGCCAUGAAGAUCCUACGCAAGGCCGACAUGCUGGAGAAGGAGCAGGUGGCGCACGUGCGCGCCGAGCGCGACGUCCUGGUCGAGGCAGACCACCAGUGGGUUGUGAAAAUGUACUACAGCUUUCAGGAUCCCAUCAAUCUGUACCUGAUUAUGGAAUUCUUGCCCGGAGGUGAUAUGAUGACCUUGUUAAUGAAAAAGGACACCCUCUCGGAGGAGUGCACCCAGUUUUACAUAGCAGAGACUGCGUUAGCGAUCGACUCCAUCCAUAAGUUAGGCUUCAUUCACAGGGACAUCAAGCCUGACAACCUGCUACUGGACGCGCGCGGCCACAUCAAGCUCUCUGAUUUUGGGCUCUGCACCGGCCUCAAGAAGUCACACUGCACCGACUUUUACAGAGAUCUGAGCCAAGCGAAACCGUCUGAUUUUAAUUUCCUUGGGUCGGCAACCUCAAGUCCGAUGGACAGCAAGCGGCGGGCGGAGAGCUGGAAGAAAAACAGACGAGCGCUGGCGUACUCGACGGUCGGAACUCCAGAUUACAUUGCUCCAGAGGUGUUUUUACAAACGGGAUAUGGACAAGCCUGUGAUUGGUGGAGUUUGGGCGUCAUCAUGUACGAAAUGCUGAUUGGCUACCCUCCGUUCUGCAGUGAAAACCCGCAGGAGACGUAUCGCAAAGUAAUGAACUGGAGGGAAACGCUGGUCUUUCCGCCCGAGGUUCCCAUCUCCGAAGAGGCCAAGGACACGAUACUUCGAUUUUGCUGUGAGGCCGACCGGCGGCUGGGCUCGGUCCGCGGCGCCGAUGAGCUCAAGUCGGCGCCCUUCUUCCGCGGCGUUGACUGGGAACACAUCAGGGAGCGGCCGGCGGCCAUCGCGGUCGAGGUCCGCUCCAUCGACGACACAUCCAACUUUGAUGACUUCCCCGACGUCAAACUGGAAAUUCCCGCUGCCCCGCCGACAACGCAGGAGGGUGAGGCCAACUACAAAGACUGGGUCUUCAUCAACUACACCUUCAAGCGGUUCGAGGGACUCACGCAGAGAGGCACUCCGACGAAGAAAUGACCCGCGGCCAACGCAACUAGCGCUCUCCCUUCCGCUUCUAGUUGCACUCACCCCCUGGCACAGCCGCACGCUCCGAUUUAACCGGACAAACGGGCUUGAGACACAAAAAAAAAGAAAGCAAAAGUACUGCUGUUGCCGCCGCCGGUCGAGAUUCCGCGGCGCACGCCCGCUUCUUCCACUGCGAAAUGUGUUAGUCUCCGUUGUUGCGUUGCGUUGCGUUGCACACACCCACACACACACACACACUUUGGUCGGCCACUUUGAACAAAAAAAAAUAGCUUUUAAUUCCCAAGCGUGGUGUUGGCGCCAGAAAUGUCUACGAGCAGAGAUCGCGACGCCUGGCAUCUAAUCACGGAAUCAUGGUGUUUCAGUUAUUUAAUGAGCCAAUCAGUGUUUGAUAUUUAUUUUAAAAGGUUAAAAUAUCGUGAGACUAUUUUGAGGUAAUUUAAAAGUUUUGUUGGUUUUAUUUCUCCCGAAACUUUUUCAUCGGCAAAUUCUUUGGAGUUUGGACUAUUUUUCGCUGCGAUUUCAGAUCCAAUCUUUGCGUAGAAAGGCUUCAAUUAGUAAACCAAAAUUGGAUAAUAGCUGGAGAAGAUUGAAAAUCAAUUUUUUAAUGGGGGGGAAUCUUUGCUGUCGUUUCUAUUGUGAUUUCCCCAACCGAUUUUGGUUUCCAACUCCUCUAAGCUGAAUUUGGAAAUAAAUCUUAAACUGUAAUUGAUCAGUGGCGUCAUCUGUUAACCUCUCCAAACCUUUUCCUAAUUGGUGAAUCGUUCUAUUCCAGAAAACUAAAAACAUUUAAACCGCUAUAACGCUGAAAAAUUAAAUAUCUCGCAUAAAUCAUGUUUUAAUAUUCAAAUUAUCCCGCUAGACCCCUAUGGUGGCCAUACUUGCGCGGGUGAUAGCUGCUCGGAGGCGAACAGCGUCUCAGCCACGGUUUCUCGCUUCCAGAUUUCGGGCACAAGGCGUGUAUAUUUUGCGACUUAGGAAACAAAAAUCUCUUGAUCCUGCCCAUUUUAUUUUCUUAUUAUUCGCCUUGCGUUAACAAGCCCACCAUUUGCCAUCAUUAGUCGUAGGAGUUGAAUCCCACUUCUUAGCAAACAAAAGUAAAAUACAGAAAAAUCUUCUAUAUCACAUAAUGCAAUUGGUAUAUAUAUUUAAUAAAGUGUCUCGGCGUGGAAUGCAACUGUGUGGGAUUCGAGGAAAACGUAGUACAAUGUAUUAGACACGCUUGAUCUGCAGUCUCCUAAAUAGUUUCGUGUUGUUUCUGACUUUUGUGUAUUUAUUUGACUAAUUUUAGUUUCAGUGUCUUGUCGUGCGUAGGGAACCUCAAGCAAAGUGCAAUUAUCGAACUUCGUGCGGUUAAUUAUUUUGUAUGAGCGCGCGGUGAAAGUAAAAAGAGGUAAUUUUUGGUUUACUUAUUUAUUGUGAAGUGACAUACUUAGAAAGUAUAAAAUAAAAUGUAUGCGCGAUCGAUCAAGAGAGACGUUAAGGAGCAAUUUUGUUCGUUAAUUUCCUGAGCAAGCAUAUCUCGAUUAGUUAGAGCGAGUUCUCUUUCUUGUGUAAAUAUCGUGUUACCAAGUUAUUAUUUUUGAGCUUUUUUAGUGAGCGAAAGAGAGAAAUGAAUGAUCACUAACGCAACACACAUGCCUCUGUUAUUUUAUUGCUUCUCCGGCUGAGACGGUUUUAAUGAAAGUAAAUAGAAGUGUAAUUGCCUCUGUGUAAGCUUUUGAAAAGAGUAGGUUGGCAAUUUCAAAUAAGAAGGUGUUCUUUUUCGCGAUGGUGCGUAAUUUUCAAACAAGGGCUGGCUUUGGCAUUGGCACACGUGUAUUUUCAAGUUUUCCACGCUUACAAAUAUUUUGUAUUGUACACAGUCAGCAAACUAACUGCAUUCGUUGUUGAUAUAACAGUAAUUGCGAUAGGAAGGCAGCUAUGCUAUGAAAUAUUGUGUUAAUAGUUACUUAAUUAACUCGAGAGAGAGCGAGGAAGAGAAAGUAACCCUUCUUGUUAUAUAAUUGUAAUUAAAAUCGACUAUUAUUAUAAAAACUAUAUCAGCCACUAAAUAAUGGUAUCACACUAUGUAUUAAUUUUACUUGUUCUGUUUUUUCGAAGAAAGUGGGGCAAUAAUACACUGUAUUGAAUAAAAAAUCCUUUAAUGUGAUUUCAAAAACAA